AUGAUUCCGUUUCCGAUGCUCCCCGAAUGGCCUUUUCUCCAUCGAGGUACAUUUGACUUCGCCAAGGAGCCUUGUGUACUUGUUCAAUCUGUUGUCGCAAUUGGCCUGUGGGUGAAAGGGACCCAGGAAGCGCGAGACGCGUCAAUACAGCUGCAUGCUAGGCUGUGUUCCGCAUUUUACGCUCAAAUGGACCAAUGGUGCAUCUCCAACUCGAGCCCACGUCAACGCACAAACACCCCGUGGCCUAUAACAACAUUCCAGAGUGUGCUCUUGAAUAUCAUCCUUGCCCUUUUUAUUGCAAGAGAAAAUGUUAAUAUGGAUUUGAGCAUGCGAUGCCGAUUGCCAGACGACAAAUACGAGCUCUUGGCUGCCCUUGUUCAAAGCUGCCGACAGUGCGGUAUUUUCUCCUAUCCUAACAUGCUUCUGCAACACGAAGCCGAUGCACCACUCGCGCUUGUAUAUGUGAGCGUUGAAGAGAUCAAGAGGUUUGGACUAGCACUCUAUAAGGUGUGCCGAUUGUCCACUUCCUUUCACCUGACCGGAGAAGGUGCCGGUGGUGACAGAAACGCUCUGUUGACCCUGGCCGAUUUGUCCUUUUGCAUGCCAGACAGUGAUGAGCUGUGGAAUGCUCCAUUGGGCUCGGAGUCCGAAGUGUUGAGCAAGGCCGAUUUGUCAGCAGCUGGACGGGAUAAUGGAGAUGCGAAAAACUGGAUAUCUCAAGCGUCUACUCUUGUACAUGACGGAAGAGUUGGCUUCGACUGGAUAUAG